UGACUCAAAGACAGGGUUGAUCAGGAAGCAUUUGAAUAUUUGAUGAUGCAGCCAGAUGUUGGUGUCCUGGAAAUUGUUAUGUCAGAGACAACUUUUGAAGAUUCUUUUAGUUCAGACUCCCUUGCUGGUGCUGAGACUACUUCUGGGUCUGAUGACACUGUGAUAUUGACCAGAAGUCCAAGUGAAGAAAAACGAAUGGAGGAACGUUGUCAUGCCCAAAUGGUCGAAAACAUCUUAAAAGGAAGCCCAGGAGGCGACAAGAUCAUGAAUGAAUAUGCUCGAACGAAGUGUUUGUCAGAUAGCAGAAGACGUGACAUGGUUAAGAUCUUGGUUGCUCAUAUGACAAAUGAACAUGGAACAAGCCCACCUCGGCGUUUGAAGGAAGACUACGCAAAGGGGAUCAUCUCCCUCUUCCCCUAUUUGGCCGACCCCAGGAGCAAGCUUGGUUAUGAAAUUGUCAUCUUUUUUCAUUUUUUCCCCCCUUGACUCUAUAAAGCUUAACCAAUAUGGCAUUUGCAGUAUGUAACUACCCUUUGUCCAUUUGUUAUGGUAAUCAUAUGAGCAUUAUUACAAUGCAGAAGAUGGAAGUGGCUAUUUGGCAUGGAGAAUUAAAACGCUGCAGAAAGAGGCAUCAGAUGGACGACUUAAGCGCCCACGACAAUCACAAACGGGCGGGCCAACCGUGGACAGAGAUCCUUACAAAGAAGAUAACUGGUUGAGUGAUGAACGCCAGUGUCAAGAAGCAAUAGCUCUGAUGAAGCACACAGCUGAUGAAUCCGUGGUGAAGGAAAAGAUGAGGUUUACCCUGGACUCUCGUCAGAAGAUUUUGCAUGAUCCUGACAAGUCAUCUGAUAUUCUAACCAUUUUCCCACGAUUCAUGGACAUACCUGGCCUGAUUGAGCAGGAUUUUACACUACUUUUUGGUGACUCAACUUCUGCAAAGCUGUUGGAGAAAUGGUCCACCAACAUAAAACCAAAGGUCAUUGCACAGAGCCGUGGCCUGACACAGACUGGGGAGCUCCAAGACCUCGUCCAGAAUGCUGUAGCUACUGAAAUUGAAGAAGGUUGGGACAGUGACAUGUCUUCCAUUCUCUUGCUGGUCCACCUUCUACCACUUUCGAGUCAAGGGCGCAAAAGACCAGGGAAGAUUUCGGCUUGACAAGCCUGUGAUUGCCUAGUGAAAUUCAUCAAGACUGGUGUCAGCAUACAGGGACAUUUGGAGGGCAUCACACAGAGUGUCCAGCCAUAUCUACUUGCAGCCGGACCGAAGAAAAGUAGGAUCCAGUCUUACUUCAUUGUUGUUGACAAACAGGCCUUGCCAUGCAAGUCUUCUAAUUCACUGGCUGCAGUCGAUGAGCUUUUUAAGGCUCAUUAUGUUUUUGGUACCACCUAUUGUCAGGAGCUCACUAAUGUGUUCACUUUUUUGCAAACAACCCUCUAUGACAUAGAUGUUGAAAUGACCAAAGUCAAUCCUAGGGUGGCUGAGCUAAGAGCAAGAAUGCUCCAUUAAGCAAUAUGAUUUGUUUCAUUUGUCAAAAGAGGCAUGCUAAUGCCAAUGGACUUAUAAAACACUUUAAACUUGUUCAUGGACUUUGUUCGGGUAAAGGCCUCAAGUUAAAAUGUGCCCAUAGAGGCUGUUCUCAUGUGUACUACAGUUGUUCAGGUUUAAGAAAGCAUCUUAGUAAAUGUUAUGCAAAUUACAACUUUUGUGCUGAUGAUGGGGAAUGUUCCACCUCCACAAACUCCAUUUCGUUAGGGGAGGCAGACAUGCCAGAGUUGCCAGAUCAGAGUGUACCUUCCGAGUCUGUACUACUAGAAAGACACAUAGUCAACAGUUGUGCUAAGCUGGUGGCAGAACUUAAACUUGUUGGCAAUUCAGAGAAAACUAUUAAUUUUGUUGUUAGUACUGUACAAGAAGUGAUUAGAGACCUUGAUCAUCUAAAGCAUGAAAAUUUGAAAAGUAGUCUUGUCUUAGAGGAGCCCAUAAAAAGCGUUGUUGAGUCUCAAAUUGAUCUGUGUUUUGAGAAUACAUUGUAUCCUUUUCUUCCAUUAAACACUGAGAGUAAGAGAACCAUUUACUUUUCUGAGAAAUGGGGAAAGAUUGAUCCAGUUGAAUAUGUUCUAGGAACACGUUUUGCAACACGUUUUAACAGAACAACUGGAACUUUUGGCCAAUCUAUUGUCAAAGAUAAAUUUGUAUAUAUACCAAUUCUUGAGACGCUCAAGUCUAUUUACCAGCACCCUAAUAUGAAAGAUAUGAUAACCAGAGACCCUAAACAAAGAGAGAACUUCCUGUAUGACAUACAGGAUGGAGAGUUCUUCAAGAAUCCUGAACUCUUCUCCAAACAAGAGCACACUGUACAGAUACAGCUUUUUUUUGAUGAGUUUGAAUGUGCUAACCCCAUUGGAUCAAAACGAGGUAUCCAUAAAGUUGGAGCCAUCUAUUUUACCCUCAGAAAUGUGUCUCCCAAGUACAAUUCAAGUUUACAGAAUAUCCAUUUGGUGUCUUUAUUUCAUGCAGAAGAUAUCAAAACAUACGGGUUUGGUAAAAUACUAGCACCCCUUGUCCAGGAUAUCUUAACACUUGAAACAAGUGGAAUUCAGCUUUCUCUAUUUGAUCACACAGUCUAUGGAAGCAUUAUACAAGUGACUGGUGACAACCUUGGUCUUCAUUCUUUAUUCGGUUUUGUGGAAUCAUUUAGUGCUAGGUACUAUUGCCGCUUUUGCUUACUAGAGAAGGAGGACUUUCAGACAGUGUUCAGUGAAGAUGGUCCAAAGAUAUCUGUUCGAACUAAACAGCUUCAUGCUGAGCACUGCCAGGAAAUGCAGAUCAACCCCAGUUUACCUUAUGUGAUGGGAGUUAAAAAGUCUUGCCCUUUGAAUUUGUUGCAAUAUUUUCACACCAGUACCAACUUUUCAGUUGAUAUAAUGCACGACAUACUGGAGGGCGUUGCACAGUACGAGAUGAAAUUACUUUUUCAGCACCUAAUUGAAAAUUACACCACAUCAGCAGAAGUACACAGGAGAAUUCAGAGUUUCAACUAUGGUUUCAUGGAGCAAAACAACAAACCACCUGGCCUAAAAAUGGUAGACAGCUCCAAUGACUUGGGCUUAAAUGCCAUUCAGAGCUGGUGUUUGUUGCGUCAUCUGCCAAUUAUGUUUGGAGAUCUUGUGCAUCCUAAUGAUCAGCACUGGUACUUAUUCAUUUUAUUGCUUCAGAUUGUCAGCAUAGUGUUUUCCUCGGUUGUAUCCCUUGGCAUGACCUUUUAUCUGAAGCAUCUGAUUUCAGAGCACCAUGGUUUGUUCAAGCAUUUGUUUCCCAAUAAGAGAUUAUUGCCAAAGCAUCAUUUUAUGGUGCAUUAUCCACAAUGUAUUCGGAAAAUUGGACCUCUGUUACAUACAUGGUGCAUGCGCUAUGAGGCCAAACAUAAUAUUUUUAAGAAGCAGCUGAAAAGCUUUAAGAACAUAACUAAAACUUUAGCAAAAAAACACCAGUGCCAGAUGGCUUAUUUGUGGCAGUCGUUGGAUCCAAAUGAGUUGAAAAUGGGUCCUGGCAAAAUGGUCUCCUUGAAUGAAAUGGAGGUUGGUGUCGAGGUGGCUGAAAAGUUUGAAGUGCCUGUUAGGACUAAGGUUUUAAAAGUUAAAUGGGCUAAACGCAAUGGAGCUGUGUUCAGGCCUGGGUUGGCUGUGUGUGUGAGGACUGAUAAUGAGAUGCCAGUGUUCCAUGUAAUUCAGAAUGUUGUUAUUAAAGAUGAGCAAGUUCUUUUGGUAACAGUUGCUCUGAAAACACAUUGUUUAGAUGAACAUACCCAUGCUUUCAAGGUCUCGCAUACUACUGAGGCACCAUUUGUCUUGGAUGUUCAGACUCUUUUGUACCACAAGAUUUUUGAUAUACUGACGUCCUAUGAUUGUAAUUCUGAUUUGUUUAUUGUGCCUUAUUGUUUCAUGUAAUUGCUCUGCUCCCCUGUUCUUUGUCCUUCACUACUUUUCAAAGAUAUUGUACUGUGGAGUUUUAUAAUGUAUAUAAUGUGCUUUUUAUAUUUUUAUACUAUUUUCUUUUUCUCCAAGUCAUAAAUGAUUGAAUUGUAAAAAGAAAACA